AACACAACUGAGAUUUCAAAUAGCACAAUGAACAUCACACUGCCUCAAGAGUUGCUGAGAGAAAAUGAGAUGGAGCCGAUAGUCUUUUGCACGAUCAAAUCAUCUAAGCUUUUCUCGCACUGGAACAUAACUGGCAAUAAAAUUGUUUUGUUGACUGCUGGAAACAAAUCUAUCUCAGGCUUGAAGAACACUGUGAACAUCUCAAUGGCUCUGGCCAAUGUUGGGGACAGAGAGCCAUCCUGCCAGUAUCUUGAUUUUAAUACUUCAUCAUUUAAACGGGACGGUUGUACUACAUACUAUAGGAAAAAUGAGAGCCGGGUUGUCUGUUCGUGUGAUCACCUCAGUUAUUUUGCUGUGUUAAUGGCACCAUCACCUAAUGUAUCUGAGAAGGACAGGGAGAUCCUGACCUACAUUAGCCUGGUUGGAUGCAGCAUAUCUUUGGUGUUCCUGGUUGUCGCUGUUGUCCUAUACUUCACAAAACGACAUGCUGUUUCAGACCUGUCUCAGAAGGUGCACAUCAGUCUUGCUUUGGCCCUUAUUCUGCUGAAUGUGCAGUUUCUCCCAAACCACUUAUUUGCAGAAUCAUCUUCCUAUGAAGUAUGUGUAUGCAUUGCAAUUCUGCUUCACUACUCUCUCUUGGCCACCUUCACAUGGACAGCCAUUGAGGGCUUUCACCUGUACCUGCUUCUGGUGCGAGUCUUCAACAUCUACAUAAAGAGAUACCUGCUUAAACUAAGUCUGGUGGGAUGGGGUUUCCCUGCUGUGGUUGUUGCACUGAUACUCAGCAUUGACCAAAAAGCAUAUGACCGAGUGACUCUGAAUUCUACUGAAGUGAAUGCUCCCUCUUCCAUCCAUAUGUGUUAUGUCUCUAAUGAGCUGGUAAAGAUCGUGACAACAAUUGGCUUUUUUGGUAUGGUGUUUUUGUUUAACAUCACUAUGUGGCUGACUGCCUUGCGGCGGAUCCUCUCAGUGGGUUCAAAUCAUCAAGCAUUUGCACAGAAACACAGAGCCAAAAAAGACAUCUGCACAAUGCUUGGCAUUACCUGUCUGUUGGGCAUCAGCUGGGGUUUGGUGUUCUUCUCCUUUGGCAGUGUCAGCACAGCAGGCCUUUACCUCUUCUGUGUCUUCAAUUCACUUCAUGGAUUCUUCCUUUUCCUCUGGUUCUGCAUAUCCAAAUGCCAGUCCAAGGAAGACACUACAAAAACAACUAACUCCACCAUCUCUACCAAACAAACCAGCAGCAAAUGACAUGCAUGACAUUUUAUCUAACUAGUAGGGUGAAAGGUGCUCAGGCUUGCUCACAUGCAUGCUUGCCCAGAUAUCAGUCAAUAUUAAACAUUUACUUGAUUGUUAGUUUACUCUCUGUUGUUAGUAUAGCAGCUGGCAUGAAAUAAGUUGGGGAAGUUGAGAUGUCCUGCAGUGUGACAUGCAAUCCAUCUUAAAAUGUUUUAAACAGUAUUCGGCUAAUUUUUAUAUAUACUAUUUUUGCAUUAUUUUCUUUUAUCAUUAUUUUACAGUUUAUAGCAUCAAAUGAAAUGAGAGACUACAUGGAAUAUUUAUACUUGUACAUUUUCACAUAAAAUUUUACCUAAAAUCUUAAUAUAAAUAAAAAAAUUAAAAAAACUC